UUUUAACCUAAAAAGUGAAAAAAGUAACUCAAUCAACACAGUUAGGGCCCAUUAUUCAUUGCAGUCCGUCGGCUCAAUGUGACUCAUUGCGCCUGCCUGCAAUCGAAAUUAUCUUUUGUCUUUGGAUAUCACGCUAAUGUUUGCACGUCUGUUAGUAUAGAACUGUCAGGAGGUACAGCUACCUUAACUACAAUUUAUUAACUAGCCGCAUCAUUAUACAUCAACUUAGGUUGGGUGCUCAGUCUAUAUUGUUAGCUAUAGAGUCAUACUUUGUAUGACUGAACAUCGAUGAUGUUUCAUACCGUACCUUCAUUUUCAUUUGAUAUGUACAGCUAAUGUGAUCUAUAAGUCUAUCUGUGUCUGUGCUGUCACGUGUGAAUUCAAAUAUGUACCUUUAUUCAUAAUCUAUGUGAUGACACUUCAACAGAAUUGGUUUUCUGUAGUUCACUAGAACAGCUUAUAAAGCGAAUGAUGCACCUUCUUAUCGUCCUUCUUAUAUUCGCAAAAGCUGUGGACUUCAUUGGAACGGCACCGGUGAAAUUUUGCUACUAUGUCCACGAUGAUAAAGGCGGGCUGAUGCCUGAAGACAUAAAUGGAAGCUUAUGUACACAUAUCGUUUAUGGUUUUGCUGAUAUCGUCAACCAUACAGUGUAUCCAAGAGGCAAGGAUGCUAACGCCACGCGCUCCGUCUGGCGCCGAGUCGUUGAUCUAAAAAAACGCUUUGUUGACCUACACGUUUUACUGUCUAUAGGGGCAACCCCCAAGAACUUUAGCGAAACAGCAGCCGUAGAUGACACCCUUAACAGGUUUGCUCAGUCAGCGCAGCGAGUUAUCGAACAUAACGGCUUUGAUGGCCUUGAUAUCGAUUGGGAGUUUCCUGUAUUGUCCGGGUUGUCUUGGAUGGAUCGUGCAAACUUCAUCAAACUUCUGUCAAAGUUACAGGGUACCUUUAACAGAAGCAUAGCCAAAACGGGAAAGCAUAUCCUGCUCACCGCGGCUGUUGCAGCACCCUUUAGUAUCGUCGAAGUCAGUUAUGAUGUGCCUAAUAUGGCCAAGUAUUUGGACUACUGCUUAUUGAUGGGAUACGACUUUUCCCGUUACAAUCCCAUUUUUCCCAUUGCCGAAUUCAACAGUCCUCUUUUUAGUCACAAGGGACAAGUUUCUUUUCUCAGAUUCCUCAAUUUGGAGUACGCGAGCAACCUGUGGGUUAGAAAAGGUAUGCCUCGAAGUAAAAUAGUUGUCGGCAUACCAUUUUACUCUGUGAUGUUCAAGUUGAUAAAUCCUGCGAUGCACGACGUCGGGGCUCCAGUUAGUGGAGACACAACUAUCACAUAUACACAGGUGUGUAAGCUAAUAUUACAGAACGAAUGGACAAGCGUGUUCCACAAUGAAUCUCAAGUACCGUAUGCCUAUCACGAUGAGGACUGGGUAACAUUCGAUGACGUUCGAAGUGUCUCAAAGAAAGUGGACUGGAUAAUGGACAAUAACUUCGCAGGCAUUGCGCUAUCUACGAUUUCCAAGUCGGUCAGACGGUGAACUAUUAUGGUAGAAUCGCUUCGAUAGCUACGACGAAGUAUGCCCGCUAAAGUAGGUGGGAUGAGCAGAAACAAGUGGUAAAAUAUGAUAUAGUAUUACGACUAAAAGGCAGCUGUUAUAGACAAAGAGUUUCUUUUUUUACUAAAAUUAAUAUUUUUAACAGUCGCAUAUCUCAUAAAUGCACUUGUUAUGUCAAGAUCUUAAAUAUGCUAUAACUUGACACAUAAAUUUGUGUUUAACUGCAUUCCUAUGUCAUAACUCAAAUGUAUGCAUGACAUGAAUCAGAUAAAUCAUUUAUACUUCUGGAAUUAGUAAUAUGAAUCGGGCUUUGAAAGAUAGGCCAUCGGUUUUAGAAAAGCGCUUUUUAACGAGAUUGUCGACGCCAAAAAAAAUCAUAUUACAAGACGUAACAAGCAGGCCCAAUGAUGAAAAUAUCUUGAUGAAAAAUCUUUCUUCAACGAUACAAAUACGUCAGAUAUUGUAAUUCAAAGUUAAAACUCUGGAAGAAUUUUAGCUUUGAAUUGAAAGAGAUCAUAUCUGAAGGGCUGUAGCGCCGAUUCGGAUAGCAGGUUAAUUUUAAAAAAACGUAGUCGCAAACUUUCUGAUAUAGAGCAUUGUGGCGGCAAUAUGAAUGGAUAUCACGCCUAUCGAGGCUGUCCGAUGAAUCUAAUAGAAUAAAACUACCGUUCCUUAAGUUGCCCCAGACUGAACUGAAGCUGGUAACACUAGGAAAGUGAAAUAAAAAGUAUAUGAGAAGUACUUUAUAUUAUCAUGUUAUUACGAUUAUUUUUAUUAAUUACUAAGAUGUGUUCCUUGUCAAAAAGAUUUGGUUCAAUAUUAUGUUAUUAAUAUUGAAAGGAUGCUGGGUUGAAGAAGAUUUAUUUAAGAAAGCUAUAUAGGGAUACG